CAUUACCCAUUGCCAGCUACUGCUCCGGCAUUUCGGCAGUCCCCUCCCACCUGAUCCAGCUAACAGGUAUUCCGUAUUCCUGACGUUUCUGCAUUCGACGAAGUUUAAUAGAGACCCUAUGGGAUCAAGAGAAGCCGCGGCCCCACCGCCGUCUGCAUCACCCUCAUCCUCUGUUAAUUGGAAGGAUCGAGUUUUCAUUCCUACUCUGCUAGCAGGGAUUGCGGGAGGAGGAGUUGGAUUGGUGUCUAAGCAUCGAAAAGUUCAUGGCCUUGCCAACAUCUCCGCUACCUAUGCCACCAACUUGGCCAUUGUCACUGGUUGCUAUUGCGGGGCUCGAGAAUUUGUGAGAGUAAGUCGAAAAUCAGGACCUGAUGAUCUAUUGGACUCUGCAAUUGCAGGCUUUGGUAGUGGGGCUCUUCUUGGGCGUCUUCAAGGUGGUCAAUUAGGUGCUAUCCGUUACUCAAUCAUCUUUGCAGUAGUUGGGCCGAUCGUAGAUUUUGCUACUGUUAAACUACGGCCUGCAUUUAGCAGCUUUCGCGAAUCCAUGUCUAAGGACAUGCAGAAGGAUGGUGGUUGGUUUAAGCUGCCUGAAUGGUCUCCUAUACAAGUACUUGACGAUGAAGCCCUUGCUAAAAAACAAGCUCGGGAACGAGAACUUUACGGACCAAGACCACUGGGUAAUCUAAGUAAAGAGGAAUCUUGAUAGUUCUUCCUCUCAUAUAUUUUUUUUGUUUGAUAUUUGAUAAUUCCUCUCAUAUAUCAUAAUCUUGUAUUGUCAUAGCUAUCAACAAUAAUGUUUUGAGUGUCUACUUUUACACUUGAUUGGCAUCGUCUUGCCCCGUUGUUCUCCACAGUAAUUUUGAUUCACUUAUUUCUGCUGACUUCUUUAUAUAUUUUGACUGGAAAAUAGUCUCAUCACUUGUGAGAGCUUGAACUUGGAAAUGUUGGAUAGUUAUUGGCU